AUGGCAUCAAGACUCUCCUUAUCCGAAGAGUGCAGGCUUGCUCUCAAUAAUUUAGCAUCUUUUGAGCUGAAUGUCAGUGAUGCCUAUUUAUCAUUGGCCCUUCGUUAUACUGAUGAUGCACAGAUACCUCCUUAUAUUCCAUUUUUUGAAGACCAAGUUGAGGUGAAGAAGGAACAUGCAAGGCAGUUUGUAAGAUUCCUGAAAUCGUAUAGAGCUAAGGUCUCCCUUCCAGUGAUUAAGAGACCCGACAAACAAAUCUGGGAAACUGGCCUAGAAGCCGUACAGACUGCUCUGGAUCUUGAGAAACAGUUAGACUUUCUUCUGCAAGACCUCGACACAGUGGCUGGGAGGAGUGGCGAUACUCCUGUCAAAGACUUCCUGAGAGUAUUCUUUUUGAAGCAAAAAAAGAACCUCAGCUACCUGGAACACCAAGUUUCUUAUCAGAAGGAGUUAAAAGAGUCAGGCCGGGAGGAGGCAGAAGAACAGCUCCCGCCAUGCACCCUUUCCAAAAAGCCUGCUAGACGCUCCCGGAAAAAGACUUAA